AUGUGCUUUAGCUUCUUGGAAGUUAUGAUUGCCACACCCUUAAUGGGGGGUGGAAGUGAGUCUGGAUGUACCACUUACAAGAUCGUUAGUGCAAGAGGUACGGGUGAGAGUCAAACCCGGCCCACCGGCUAUCGUGGUUUGAUCAACGGAGUGUUGAGUGCUGUACCUGGUGGUGAGAACUAUGAGGUCGUGUAUCCGGCGACCACAGAUUACGCCAGAGGACCAGUGCAAGGAGCUACUGAUGCAAAUCGAUACUUGAAACAACAACAAAGCCAAUGUCCUGACCAAAUUUACGUUUUGAUUGGAUAUUCCGAAGGUGCCAUGGUAGUGACGCAGACAAUGAGAAAUCUAGCAAUUCCUUCUGAUUUGGUCGUUGCAAUGGUUUUAUACGGAAAUCCUUAUUUCACAUCUGGCGCGCCUCAAAAUUCAUGUUCAGCCAAAACUGGAUCGGGCAUUGCUUCUGCCACUGGUAUUAAAAUGCCAACGCAGUUUUCCUCAAUCACUUUUGAUUGUUGCUUAACAGGUGACUCGAUCUGUCAAACUUCUGGUUCCAUCAGGCCUCACUUGGCGUACCCAGGGUCAAGCAGCGAGAAAGAAGCUACGGAUUUCACGGUCGCUAAGCUCCAGAGUGCGCGCAAUUAA